ACAGUUUGCUUUCACUUGGAGGGGUGUCCAGUACACCUGGAAUUGACUGCCCCAGGGGUGCAAAUGCAACCCUACCAUUUGCCAUGGACUGAUCCAGACUGCACUGGAACAGGAAACCAGACCAUUACAGAGUUCUUCAAACCAGUUUUAAAGCAAGACCUUGGCCAUAAAGACAGAGGAAAUGUAAGAGAUGCAGGAAUCGGACUGUCAGUUCUAUGCACAGAACGUUUUGAAAAGAAAAUAUCUUCUCCAAAGAAGGUCAGAAGAAAAAAUAUGCCAGACCAAACACCAAACACAAGUCCUGUAAUAGAUGCCUUUCGGAGAGGAAUUAAGAAGAAAAAGGACAACGUAAACAUUUUAGAGAAUGGCAGAGCGUGUAAGGCACUGGGUUCGUUGUAUCCAAAAGUUGUGAUUCAGAAACUCCUUAUUACUGCAGGGUCUCGUAGCUGUUUCUUGGCCAAAAAGAACAAAAUUUCCAAGUCAGAACAGGAAAGAAAUGAGAAGUGUCUGGAUGUAACAAAAGCACCAUUAUCUUGUGGAAAUAGUUGGGAACAGAAAACUGACUGUAUGGAUCUAGAGGACACUAGUUCAGACUCUGAUAAAUGGGUUUCAUCAUCAGAAGCUGAUACUCAAAAAGCCUGUGCUAGAAAUAAUGGCACUGUGAACAACGCAUCUCUGUGCCGAAACCCAGGGCUUCCCACGGAAUUGUGCUGCUCUCCAACUGACUCUGAACUUAGGUUGCCACUGGAAGCUCUCUGCAGAGAGGGGAAGCGAAAUAAACACCGAGUGAAACAAUCUAAGCCACAUCCUGUAAAGCCAUUCUCAGGAACAAGUCUAUCACAUCAGGGAAAUGGAUGUCCUUUGAGAAAAAUACCACAUUCUGGUUCAAGGGAAACUGCCUCAGAUGACCCAUCUCAACCAAAGCCAAAGAAGGUUUCAAAACAUGAGGCAUCUUCUCCAAAUGCACUGAGAAUGUCAUCGGAGAUGGCUGCUGGUAUGUGGAAGAGCCAGUCUGUUCCUUCACACUGCCUUAGAUUUAAGAUGUCUUCUGCGCGAUCCAAACAAAUAGACCUUCCUGGGAAAAGAAAACAUGCUGCCAUGAGUGUGGAUGCAGACAGUUCAAAUCAAUCUGAAUUAUCAAGUUUGAAUGACCCUGCUUUUAGUAGGUCAUCUGUAAAAUGCAAAAAUAAGAGGUCUGACUUUGUAAAAAAUAUCCUUUUAAAAUCUAAUUGUGGUGAUGUUCUACAAUUAAUGGAGGCUGCUGCUCUGCCUAGACAUGAUUCUACUGUUCCAGAGGAAUACCUCAACUCAAGCAAUGAAAAUGAGAACAAUAAUUGCUCCUCUGUAGGUUUGUCAUCUUCAUAUUCUGCACACAGUCCUGGUAAAAAUAACCACAUUUCUGUUGUAGAUACCAAAGAGAAUCAAUUGCAGGCGGCUAACUCACGCUUUUUCUUGGAAAAGUCGCUUCAUUUUUCUCAGGAAAAAAGUACUGUGUUGCCUUCUCUCCACCACUUAACACAAGCAAAAGGUGUGGAUUCUCAUCUCCAGAAUGCUGGCUUAUCUCAGGUAUUGGAUGCUACGAAGGAGCAAGAUGGGAAAAGACCAGAAAGACAUGCGCACAAUAAAGCUUACAGUAUUCAAUCCAGCAACGGUUUUUCAAAAACAAAAGACAAGACUUCAGAAAACACAUCUGAUUCUUGUUCAGUGGAAGGUUCUGGGAAACCUGCGCCCUCAGAAGAGACUGGUAAAAGUGGUCCCUGUUCAAUGACUUUUAAAGAAGGGUGCAUAGACAGCAGCCAUAUGUCUUCACAAGUCUCAGGCGAGUUACAAGUUAAAAGCACCUGUGCAGACAAGUCCAAGUUGAAUGGAAAAGCAAAAAACAGCUUUGAUAGUGAAGAUGAGAGUUUGGAAUGCAGUCUAGCUGAUGAUGACAAUGAUGAUGAAGAAGUGUUCGUGCCACUGCAAGAAAUUCUGUCUUCAAGUCCCAAGCCACAGGCAGGAACCCUGGAAGAAUCUUGUCUUGACAGUUUUACUCAGGAUACCGUGACUCCAUUACUGAAGCUUCAUCUUUCUAAGCCUCCUGUUGUUAGCCAGGUGUCAUAUGUGAACAGCUUAGAACACCUCUUGAAGGAGAAAGAAGACUCUAAAAGGGUAGAUGAACUAGAAAAACGGUUACAGGAAGACAUACAAGGAAGGGAAACUGAUUCUUCAGAUGAAGAUGACGCUGAGAAUGCCAGUGGAGAUGAAGAUCUCUCAGAAGAGCACAGGGCAUUUUUAAAGAGAUUUUCAGUAAUAGCUCAUGCCAUACCUGACUACCACCCUGGAGAAGAUAUAUUUGAUUUAUCAACCUCUGGGAAAAUCUUCAAUCAACAUAACCUUGACUUCAGGAAUUUUCAUUUCAUCCCUCAAAAUCCUAUAGAAAAGCUCCUUAUUAGUUCUGGUGUAACACAGCAGCUUUCCAUAGCUAUCAAUGGUUUUCUGAGUUCUGCUUACCGUUGUAUCUUGUGUCCCAUACCAAUUCUAAAGUGGCUUUUCCAGAUGAUGUCUGUUCAUCCUGACUAUUCUGUUUCCACCCAGAUUUUAGACAGGUUGAUGGAGAUAACACUAAAAAAUGCUUCCAUCAGUGAUGAACAGUCUAAACCAUGGAUUCCUUCACUAGCUGAUGUGUCAGCUGUUUUUGUCAAUAUGGGUGUUGCGUUUAGAUCUCUCUUUCCAUUGCAGCAUCUUCAGCCCAACUUUAACGAGUGUGAUAUUUUAAAUCAGAUGCAAGAAACAGUGAGUAAACAGCAGCCAAGAGGAGACCUAACGUCUGCCAGUCCAGCCUUCUCCAGUCUACCAGAAAACAAUUUAAUUAAUGUGAUUAAGUUUCUAGGUUUCUGUACAACAGUAAUUCAAGGUGGAUACACUGAUCAAGAAAUAUUGCUGCUGCUUCUGUUGCUCUUUAAAAUGAGCUUGGAGAAACAGUUAAAGCAAAUUCCUUUGGUAGAUUUUCAGUGCCUUUUCACAAAGCUUCUGAUGAGUAUAAAAGACUGGGAUGCAAAGAUGCCUGAGCUCUGCCUGGCAGCAAGCGAACUCUCCAGUCAUCACCAUAAUCUCCUGUGGCUUGUUCAGCUGGUGCCUAGCUGGAUAAUACGUGGACGGGAAGUAAGAAGACGUCUUAGCCUGGUGAUAAUUUCAAAGCUUCUUAAUAAAACACAUACAGAAAUACCUGAUGACAGUGACAAGCAGAUGUCUCUUCUGCAUCAGUUUCUGGUGUACAUGAAACCAUCAAAUCUACUAAAGAAGAUGAGAGGAGGACUGGAGCAGCAGAAUGCCAAUGGAGACCACCUUCAUACAGAACUAGAACAGGAGGCAUACUACCUAAUCUACAUCCUCCUUCACCUAGUCAGUGAAGCUAGUUUCUUUGAUGUUGUAAAUUCUAAUCAAAGGCAACACCUACUGAAGCUUUGUGGUGCCUUAGAUAAGCACAUAAAAUGUGAUAUUAGAGAAGAUGCACGGCUGUUUUAUCGAACUAAGGUAAAAGACUUAGUUGCUAGAAUAUAUGGCAAAUGGCAAGAUAUGAUACAAACCACUCGGCCUACUCAGGGAAAACUGCAUGACUUCUGGGAGCCAGAUUAAUGAAACCUUGCCUAGUUCAGGGAAAACUCUGAAACCAAGGAAAAGGUAGAAUGAAUGGAGCUUCACCUUGGCUGGAACAGAAGAAAUUGGUCACCUGAGUUAGAACUUGAGUGUGAUUCAGGAAAUUACUAGAAACACAAGGAUCUAAUUUGAUUAACAUAGCUUUUACUACAAAUACACUACUUCUGAAAAAUUGGAGUGGGUAAACUGAAAAAAAAACCCUCCAGCUAUUUCUAUAACCCUGUCUGAAUUGGCUAGAAAUAUUUUAUCAUAUUGAAAGCUGAGGGAAGUUUUCUCAUUUCCAUUGUGACAACCGUAUGUGUAGUUUUCUUGCCAGCACACACCUUGCAAACAUCGUUUUAGGAUGACUGGGAAAAAACUGCCCCGUGACACGGAAUGUGAGUUCAGAAACAGUAUUAGACCUCCCCUGAUGUGAGCGGGUGAGGAAGUGAUUCAGAACUGGGCUGAAUAACAGAAUUGCUUGCACGUGUUAACCUGCAAAGCAGAAUUGUUACCACCCUCCAGCGUCUCUAAAAAUACAAAAUACAGCAGUUGCGUGUGAACAAGUGACUGCUCUAGUGUUCACUUGAGGGUUGAAACAGCUUAAGAGUGGCUGUGCCCAAACAAGUUAAGCGAAUGCUUUUUCUGCCCUGUGGUUGUGUUUUAUCAAAUAAAACAGAAUUUGUUAUUAUAGCGAUGCGUUAAUUUUAACUUAACUUCCCCAUCUUCAGACCUUAAUUUAUUUAUGCAGUGAAUGUGGCUGCACCGGAAGUAAUUCUGUAAGAGCAAGUUAUAAAUGAGAGCUUAUUACACCAGUAGUAUCGUUGUGCUGCUUUUUAAGAAACAAACGUCUAUGUUUGUCAUCUGGCUUCCGCACUUUCUCUAAAGGGAGAGAAAAUACUAUUCCUAGAAUAUCAGCCCACUGGAGAUUUGAGGAGAUGAGCAUUUGGCCACACAUGUAAAAAACCGUGAAAGCCAUAUGAGGUCUGAAUUCCUCUGUGUGGAGUCCCGCCGCACGCGCAGAGCUCCGAGAGCUGUUGGUGAAAUCAUCAAAGGAAGAUGCGAUCUCCUUUUGCGCUUUCUGUGCAAAUGCCAUCGUUUGAAUCUCACGCUGUGGUUUGUCUGUAGGUCAUGUGUAUAUAUGAAGAGAAAGCUGAGGUAUUGUGUAGAAGCACCAACUGAGACUCCCCUAACGAGUGGGAUUUUUAAUAAUAUAAACGUGUGGUUUAUAAUACUGUUUCCUUUUAAUUCUUGUGCAUUACCCUGUCUGAUCUUACAUGACAAAUUCCCUACAACUUUCCAAGAUAAGAAUGUAAAAUAAGGCUAAAAAAAAAAAAAGAAAUCCUCAAACCUUUCAAAUUUGUGUAUUACAUAUAACGGAAGUGCUAUGGAAUGGACAUGUCUUAUAGGGAAGGCAUUUCAUUUGCAAAUUCAUAUUAAAUGUUUUGUCUUUCACUUCAAGUGUUAGAGAGUUAGCCUAAGACUGCAGCAUCUCUGUGCACUUCACAGGAUAAUCAGCUUAUCUUUGUUCAAACAGAAGGUACGC